CGCUGUUUGAGACACGACGCGAGCAUGUCAUCGGACGACGAGAAUGACGAGCUGCAGGACCUGGAGGCGAUACGCGACAAGAUUCUCAGCAGCCCGGCGAGCGAGCGUAUGCAAGUGAGCGCCUGGGAGAACGACGACGACGGUGUGGAGGCGGAACGUAAUGCGAGAGAACCUGACGAAAAGGCUAUGUUGAGCGCUGCCGAGGAGGGAAACCUAGACAAAAUUAAGAAAUUAUUGAGCAAAAAUUGCCUCUUACUAGACUGCACCGAUAAGGACGGCUAUACUCCGCUUCACAGGGCGUGCUACGCCAACAAUGUCCAAGUGGUGGAGUAUCUGCUUGAAGCCGGGGCGAGGAUAGACGCUAAAACCCAAAACGAAUGGCAACCUCUGCACUCGGCCUGCUGUUGGAACAACACGGAAUGCGCCGAAGCCUUGAUCGCGAACGGAGCGGACGUUAACGCGAGGAGCAAGGGAGAUCAAACGCCCUUACACCUGGUUUCCGCCAGUUCGCACAACUCCCCCGCCCUCCAGCUUCUUCUGUUGCAUCCCGACACGAAUCCCCACCUGGUUAACUCGAGCGGAGACACGGCGGAUCAGAUUGCGAGGAGGACGACAAAAUACUAUCCCAUGUACGAGAUAAUCGAGCCCUGCCUGAAUGAGAUUUAAUGAAAUAUCAGCAAGAGGAGAAUGCAAACAUUGGAAAAAUGAGUGGUUUGUGUAAACGCGUCUUUGUUGCUGCAUUAUGUUAUUCUAUAAAAAUUUAUGUAUAUAAAUUACGUUAUUGAACAUUAUACACUAAUGAGACGUACAAUCUAUAUGAAUUCAAUACGCAA